AACGGUGCAGUAAAAUUUCCCCAGAAUUUGUUUCUCUGAACAACUCACUUCACGAUAUCAGGCACACACAUAGAAUCAACCACCACGCCAGUAAACCAACACAUCACGCCUCGCUGCCUCUCUACUGUCAAGUCAACUUUUCUGCUGGAGGACGAGCAGUAUCAAUUAAGGCAGCGCAAAGAGACACGUGAUUGCGGGAUACAAAGUUUUCUCCUGGGACUCGAGGGGACUCAUACCAAUCUUUCACCACUUACACACACAACUCUCAACAUCUCAGCCGGAACCGGUCCACCACCACCACCACCACCACUCACCUCCUGGCCUCAUACACCAAAUCACUAAAUCAACUCAGCCAACCUCACAUAACAACCUGAAACGGCCAAAAUGUCCCAACCAACCCUCUACGAAAUCCUCUCCCUCUCGCCCACCUCCGACCUCACACCCGCCUUAAUCAAACAAGCCUACCGCCGCGCCCUCCUCACCCACCACCCGGACAAGUCCACUCAACACUCCCACCAAAAGCAACAGCAGUCCACCCCCAAUGCCAACCCCAACCCCAGCUCCAACUCCAACUCCAACGGACACUCAAAACCCCUCUACACAAUAGACCAAAUCUCCCAUGCCUACACCACCCUCUCCUCUCCCUCCCUCCGGACCCAAUACGACGCCGCCCUUCGCACUGCUUCCCGCUCUUCCUUUACCUCCUCCCACCAUGCCAGCAGCCAUGCCAGGGAACAAGAUUUCCAAACGGGUAUCGACACGAUCGACCUAGACGAUAUGGUUUUCGUUGAGACAGAUAAUAAUGGGAAAGACACGUGGUACCGCUCCUGCCGAUGCGGCAACGAGCGGGGUUUCGCUUUGACGGAGGAAGAUCUGGAGGAGAAUGCGGAUUUGGGGGAGGUGUUGGUUCAGUGCGCGGAUUGUACGAUUUGGUUGCGGGUUUGUUAUGUUGUUGCUGAGGAUGAGGAGGGGGAGGAUGAAGUCGAGGAUGAGCAGGAGGGCGAGGAGGGGAAGAGGUAGUUGGGUGGCAUGUCUAGGAGGACUCAGAAGGUGGUUGAUUGGGAACGCCGAGGAGGGAGCGGGCGGGGUUGGAAGGGAUCAAUGAAGUAGAGGAGGGGCUGUGGUGGUAUUGAGGGAUACGGCAUCACAUAUGUAAUAAGCGAUGAGUUAAAGUUUGACAGGGAACGUUGAUGUUGAUAUGCUCACUCAAAAAGAUACCCCAUGUACCAUGAUUUGCAGCACCACCGGCUCAGAGGGAGGUAGAAGCAU